AUGCAUUUCCUCCUCCUAGGCGCAACAGGCCGAACAGGCAAAUACGUCGUCUCCAAACUUCUUUCUCAAAACCACACCGCUGUAGCACUUGUACGUGACGCCAGCAAAGUUUCUUUUCAGCCUGGCCUCACUGUCGUCACCGGCUCACCGCUCUCCAAAGACGAUAUCCGCCGUGCUCUUACAGCUGCUCCAGGCUUGAUACCGUCUGCGGCGAUCAUGACUCUCAACACGGUCCGAAAAUCAGACAGUCCCUUCGCAGCUCAAGUUUCACCACCUCGCUUUCUGGCAGACUCGUGCGACAAUGCAUGUGAAGUUCUGAAAGAUGCUGGCAUCAAGCGCAUUGUCGUCAUGUCAACAGCAGGUGUUGGAGACUCGUGGAGUAAGCUUCCGUGGGUGAGCAGAGCGUUCAUGGGAUGGACUAACAUCAAGUAUGCUCUGGAGGAUCACAAUCUGCUGGAUAAGGAAAUUCGGUCGACGGAAAUGGACUGGACUCUCGUGAGACCUGUGAGGCUAGAAUUUGGGAAGGAGACGGACAAGGAUGUUGAGACGCUGGGUAGUGCUGGUGAAGGAAUGGGUAUGUCUGAUAGUGCCACGCCGAAUAGUGUGGCAAGGUUCUUGGUCAAGGUCGCAGUUGAGGGAUCAUUCGUUAAGGAGGCUGUUGUUCUCCGGAACUGA